AGAGUCUGCAGAAGAUUCCUCCUAUAGAGAGAAAGAGAGAAGGGGGCACAUUUGUUGUGCUUCGGUCUUUUUUAAGCCAUUUGGUGGAAAACAGAGUCUCCUUUUCCCAUCGUUUGCCCCACUAGUGGAGGGUUGCCACAUCUUCUUCUUGCAUUUUCUUCCUCAAGCCACUUCAGGAGGGAUUGCGACGGCUGUUGUUGGAAUUCGGAGUUGGGGAAAGAAAAAGAUUUGUUUUUGACGACUACAAUCCUUCAAGUCUUCAGAUUUUUCCUGGAGUUGAUAGUAGAAAGGUUUGUUCUUUAGCGAGACAAGUGAGUGAGGUUUAUAGCUUUCUUGAGGUGGGAUUUUGUGGAGGAAGAAAAAAGAGAUGGCCGGAGCAGCGCCGCCACCUAAGCAAGACGAGUUGGUGCCACAUCCAGUGAAGGACCAGUUACCCAACGUCUCCUUCUGCAUCACCAGCCCGCCUCCUUGGCCUGAGGCAAUCCUUCUUGGUUUCCAACAUUACCUGGUGAUGCUAGGAACGACUGUUAUCAUCCCCACUGCACUUGUUCCUCAAAUGGGGGGAGGAAAUGAUGAGAAAGCCAGAGUAGUGCAGACAUUGCUGUUUGUUGCUGGUAUUAAUACACUUUUCCAAACUUAUUUUGGAACUCGUUUGCCGGCUGUGAUUGGAGGAUCAUAUACCUUUGUGAUGCCUACCAUAUCUAUCAUCUUGGCUGGGCGGUAUAGCGAUAUCAUUGAUCCUCAUGAGAAAUUCCUGCACAUUAUGCGUGGAACCCAGGGUGCACUAAUUGUCGCUUCCACCCUGCAAAUUAUUAUUGGUUUUAGCGGUCUUUGGCGGAAUGUGACAAGAUUUUUAAGCCCGUUAUCAGCUGUUCCUUUGGUUGCAUUAGCUGGGUUUGGCCUCUAUGAGCUUGGAUUUCCAGGGGUUGCUAAAUGUGUUGAGAUUGGGCUGCCAGUGAUUAUUCUAUUAGUGAUGUUUUCACAGUAUAUUCCUCACGCUGUAAAUUCAGAGAGGCCUGUAUUUGAUAGAUUUGCAGUCAUGUUUUCGAUUGUGAUCGUGUGGAUUUAUGCAUACUUUCUCACAAUUGGUGGAGCUUAUAGGCAUUCUUCACCAAAGACACAGUUCCAUUGCCGCACUGAUCGUUCUGGGCUUGUUGGUGGGGCUCCUUGGAUAAGAGUACCAUAUCCUUUUCAAUGGGGAGCACCGACUUUUGAUGCCGGGGAAGCUUUUGCAAUGAUGGCAGCCUCAUUUGUUGCCCUUGUAGAGUCGACUGGUACUUACAUGGCCGUUGCGAGAUAUGCAAGUGCAACGCCUAUACCUCCUUCGGUGCUCAGUAGAGGCAUUGGUUGGCAGGGAAUUGCUAUCUUGUUGGAUGGAUUGUUUGGAACUUCUAUUGGAUCAUCAGUAUCUGUCGAAAAUGCUGGUUUGCUGGCUUUGACACGGGUUGGCAGUCGGAGGGUCGUGCAAAUUUCAGCAGGAUUCAUGAUUUUCUUUUCCAUCCUUGGGAAAUUUGGAGCGGUCUUUGCAUCUAUUCCUGCACCAAUUUUCGCGGCUCUUUACUGUCUUUUCUAUGCAUAUGUUGGUGCUGCUGGUCUUAGCUUCCUUCAGUUCUGCAAUCUCAAUAGCUUCCGCACCAAGUUCAUCUUAGGAUUCUCCGUCUUCAUGGGUUUGUCAGUUCCACAGUACUUCAACGAAUACACUUCCGUAGCCGGUUACGGUCCAGUCCACACCGGAGCAAGAUGGUUCAACGACAUAAUCAAUGUGAUAUUCUCUUCGAAACCAUUUGUCGCCGGAUUUGUGGCAUUUUUCUUGGACAAUACUCUCCACAGGCACGACAACACAGUAAGGAAAGACAGAGGCUCCCAUUGGUGGCAAAAGUUCCGGUCCUUCAAGGGCGAUGCAAGAAACGAAGAAUUCUACGCGCUGCCUUACAAUCUCAACAAGUUCUUUCCGUCAGUGUAAUCCCUAUGCGCUCAGAAUCGGAUGUGAUACAGUUAGCAUUGCCCUUUAAGAGAGUUAUUGAGUUAAGCUCAGUGUUUUGUGCUAGAUCUCUCCUUGUCAAUUUCUUAUCCUAGGGAUGUAGCUUAAUGGAUAUUUAUGUUAAAGAUUUAACUUCAUGCAUGUUUGGUCUCUAAGUUACAAAGCUGAUGAACAUUAUUGAAUCUCUCUCUUUAUAAGAAUAAAUUUCUGAGCUCAUUAAUCAUA